AAAUCCUUCGAUACAUAGUACAGAAGUGACGUGUUCUUUCAUUUCACAAAAUAAUUUUUAUCAUACCAGACAUUGAUAAUGUUGAAACUAUUUUCGGUCGCUUUCCUUCUAUUUGAAAUAAAUUUAACGCAAUCUGCAAAUAUUUUGGCAGUGUUUCCAUAUCCCUCCAUAAGUCACCAACUAGUAUUUCAGCCGUUGAUUGAAAAGUUGGUUUUGUUGGAACAUAAUGUGACGGUCAUUACUCCAUAUCCUCAAUAUAAGAAAAAGGAAGAAGCCCCUUACAAUUUAAAAGAAAUAGAUGUGCAAGAUCUAAGUUAUAAAAUAUACCGAAAAAUAUUUAAUUCUGAUUUAUAUAAAGAGAAAAGGGAUACACUUAAUCAAAUAAAGCUUACUCUUGAGGUUUCGUUGGAGGUGUUUGAAGGCCAAAUGUUAAAUGAACAAGUUCAAGAAAUACUCAAGGUAGUCAAUAAGAAUUUUGACAUAAUACUAGUAGAAGCUGUUCUAAAAGUGUGUCUAGGGCUCUCACAUAUCUUUAAAGGACCAAUAAUCCAGAUAAGUUCUAUGGGUCCUGUUCCGUAUAAUCAAGAUUCAUAUGGGAUCCCGGAUCAUCCAUUUCUAUACCCAUCAUUUUGGAAUCGUAGAAUUUAUAAUCUAACAGUUUUUGAAAAAGUUAAAGAACUUCAGAUGAAUGAAUGGUGGAUAAAAAAUGUAAGACAGGAGCUCGAAAUAGAAGAAAACAGAAUAAUAAGAAACAUCUUCGGACCAGAAACUCCAAAUAUUAAUGAGUUAAAAAAAAAUGUUGACAUGCUGUUUUUGAAUAUCCAUCCGAUAUUUGUUGAUAAUCAACCUGUUCCUCCCGAUGUCAUAUAUGUAGGAGGGAUACAUAUAAAGCCUAGAAAAGAAUUGCCAAAGGAUUUAAGUAAAGUAUUGGAUUCUUCAAAAAGCGGGGUCAUUUAUUUUAGUAUGGGUACUAACAUUAAGAAGUCACAUUUACCAUCUGAAACAAUCCAAAUGUUUAUAAAUACUUUUUCAAGCUUACCGUAUGAUAUUUUAUGGAAAUGCGAUGAAGAUAUACAAAUAACUUCGAAAAAUAUCAAAAUAUUGAAAUGGUUUCCACAAUCAGAUCUUUUAGCACAUCCAAAAGUUAAACUUUUUAUAACCCAAGGAGGUCUUCAAUCUACAGAUGAAGCUAUAAACGCUGGAGUACCACUUAUAGGUUUACCUAUGAUAGCCGAUCAAUGGUAUAAUGUUGAGAAGUAUGUACAUCAUAAAAUUGGCCUCAAACUUGAUAUAUCUACGCUAACUAAAGAAGUUUUAAUCAAUGCUAUUGAAACAGUAAUAACAAAUAACAGCUAUCGCCAAAAUAUAUUGCGCUUACGCGCUUUAAUGCAGGACCAAAAGGAAAAACCAUUGGAGAGAGCUGUCCGUUGGAUAGAAUAUACUCUUCGACAUGGUGGACCAAAGCAUAUGAGAUCUGGUGCAGCAAAUUUAACGUGGCAGCAGUAUUAUGAGCUGGAACUAAUUAUUAUAGCUGUUGCAAUUAUCUUAAUAUCAAUGGGGCUAUUUUUGGCAUUAGUGUAUUUUAUUACACACUGUAUUUUAAAAUUCUUUAAACAAAAAAUUAAAUUAACUUAAAUUUUAUUAAUUUCUUCUAAA